AUGGUUACAGGAGUCCCGGGGCAGUGUCCCACCGGUGAGAUAGUGAAAAGUCCUAGUGCAGGAUUCUACUUUUCCAAUACUUUAACGCGCCCUCGCUCAUCAGACGUGUACUUGUAUACAAGCUUCAUUCUCACCUGUCAAGCUCACCUGCUGAUGGCGGGCUUCACGCGUCGUAGUAGGCGCAGUAAAGAAAGUCCGACAGGCGGGACGGCGACCAGUCAGCCAAGUGUGUCUUGCAGCCUCUGUACAGAUAUCGAGUCGCUUUGGGAUCGGUGGCUUCACACAGCCCGCCUGCACCACAGCCAUAAGCUUGUAUCAUUGGAGAAUGCGCCAUCAAGUGCUGCACCUGGGUUAAGCAAUACUGUCGCCUAUCGUUAG